AUGGUCGAUUCCGAGAUACUGGAUGAGUUGGGUGGUCCUCAAAUUUUCAAUCAUUUCACUAAAGAGAAGCCUGUGACUUCAAAUCAACGGUAUGGUUUCUUCUAUAAGGAUGACAAAAGCAUUCAACCGGCGGUAGUCUGCAUUCCUACGCUUACCUCUGAUAUACCCACCGAAACGGUGAAGCAACGUGGCCAAACAAAUCCACUUUUUGUGCCGAAACAAAACUUUUAUGUCGCGCCUGAGCUUAAAUGCUACAGAAGAGUUUGUGGAAUUGCAUCGGGUUAAGGGCUACCAGCUUUGGCACUCACAUACCGGAUCAUUAGUUAAUGUGAAAAGGCCAGUUUGAGUGGGAACAAUCUCCACAUCUAAUAUAAAGUUACCCGAGAUUUUUACUGCCACCUGCUUAACUGCUAUAACCAUUUAACAAGAUGUACUGGACCUGGUCCCAAUUUUCCGUUUGUCCUAAUUUCUCCUCACUUUUGAAGAAUUUUGACCAUUCGGUUAUUUCCGAG